AUCCGCGGACUCGAUGUUGGGAAAAAAUGGCGUCUUUCAUCAGAUGGAGAUGUGUAUCAGUGUUGCUUUUGGCAGUAUUUAUUUUUUUAGUUCAUUGUUCGGACAGUAAACCUAAAAAGAAGAAGGACAUUCGGGAUUACAAUGACGCGGAUAUGGCGAGGCUUCUGGAGCAGUGGGAGAAAGAUGAUGACAUCGAAGAGGGGGAUUUGCCAGAGCAUAGAAGACCCUCCCCACCCAUCGACUUUUCCAGAGUGGACCCUUCCAAACCUGAAGAACUCUUGAAGAUGUCCAAGAAGGGAAAGACGGUGAUGGUGUUUGCAACGGUGUCUGGAAACCCCACAGAGAAAGAGACAGAGGAGAUCACCAGCCUGUGGCAGGGCAGCCUCUUCAAUGCCAACUUUGAUAUCCAAAGGUUUGUGGUGGGUUCCAACCGUGUUAUCUUCAUGCUACGUGAUGGCAGCUAUGCGUGGGAGAUUAAAGACUUCCUGGCCCUCCAGGAGCGGUGUGAGGACGUGACUGUGGAGGGCCAGGUGUUUCCUGGGAAAGCAGCCAAUAAAGCCAACAAAGCCAACAAGGAGAAAGAACAAAAUGAGACCAAGAAGAAGAAGGACAAGAAUGCAGGCAACCGAGUAAAUAAAAGCAAACAGGAGCUAUGACGGCACUAAUUUCCACAAGGUUUGUGGAGCAGAAGAAAGGCGGGUUGAUGCCUUAAAGCGCUCAUUUCUAUAUAUGGUUGAAUCUGCGAUACCAUCUGGUGCAUGUACAUAAUGUAUGUGUCUCUGAUUUAACCAUACAGAAGGUACUUACUUUAAAAUCCUUCAGAAAGGACCAUUCAGUAUACGGUUAGUAUUAUUUUUUGUCCCUUGAUUUUUUUUUUAUCAUUAUUCCACAACAUUUAUCUAGACAUUGAAAUGAUUAAUCAAUGAAAUGAAAUGAAUAAUCAUUAAAAAUGAAUUGGCCUCAUUAUUACUUGUAUGCCACCAUUAUAAAUCACUUGAAUUUAACACAUUGUAUUUUGAAUCACAAUAAAACUGAUUUGUAAUACA